AUGGCUGAUUACGACAACGACAACGGCCGUUACCCUGACGAGCCCCGGUACGAGCGCGACCGCAGCGCCUCUCCUCGCGAUGAGCCCCGUGGCGACCGCGCUCGCAGCCGUUCCCCCAACGGCCGCGCUGAGGACAGCCGACCUGGCCCGCUGCGCAAGGCCCAUUUGGUGGAAGAAGAAGAUGAGGAGGGCGCCCAGAACAGCGGCUCCAACCUGUUCGUCACCGGCAUCCACCCGCGUCUGACCGAGUCCGAUAUUUCGCGUCUGUUCGAGAAGUACGGCGAUGUGGAGAACUGCUCCAUCAUGCUUGAUCCCCAUUCCAAGGAGUCGCGUGGCUUCGGUUUUGUCAACAUGAGCACUGCCGACCAGGCCGACGCUGCCAAGGAGGGCCUCCAAGGUGAAGUCAUCGAGGGCCGCACCCUCAGCAUCGAGAAGGCGCGCCGCAGCCGCCCCCGUACCCCUACUCCCGGCAAAUACUUCGGUCCCCCCAAGCGUGAGGAUGGCCGUGGCCCGCCCCGUCGCGGAGACCGCUAUGAUGAUCGCCGUGGCCCUGGUGGUGGUGGUGGUGGUGGUGGCGGCGGCUGGCGUCGCCGCGACGACGACUACUACCGCUCCGGCUCCGGCUCCGGUCGCUACGACUCCUAUAACGAGCGCCGCGACUAUGGUGGACGCGACUAUGGCCGUGGUGACGGUGGCUACCGUCGCGACUAUGGUGGUGGCCGUGACUACCGUCGUGAUUCUCGUGACGACCAUGGUUACCGUGGCGGCGGCGGCGCUGGUGGCCCCGACCGCUAUGCUGACCGUUACAGCCGCGAUGAUCGUCGUGGUGGUGAGGACCGCCGCAGUGGUGGUGGUGGUGGUGGUGGUGGUAGUGGCGCCGGUGGUGCUGCCAGUGCUGGUGCCAGUGCUGGUGGUGAUGAAGGCCGCAGCUACUACGACCGUGAUGCCAACCCUCCCAGCUACGAGGCUGCUCCCCCUCGCGAGCCUCGUGAGCCAUACUCCGGUGGUGGUCGCUCCUACGAGGGCCGUGGUGGCGAGGAGCGUUACGGCAGCAGGUAA